AUGCAUACUAAAGAUAAAGAAUCUAAGAAUGUUGACGAAUUCAUCGAAGAUAUUCAUAGCGCCCAGGCUAAGCAGGGAGCUGCGACCUCAACAGAUUCCAGAGAUGUCGAAGGGUUUACAAAGGAAGAACAGAGAAAGAUCAUUCACAAGGUCGACCGUCGCCUUGUGACUGGGCUGGGGCUUCUCAUGGGCAUGUGUCUUAUGGAUAGGACUAAUCUUGGUUCAACUUCCAUUGCUGGAAUGUCGGAGGACCUUGGUCUGGAGAACGGCUCGAAAUAUUCCCUUGUGCUUUUGAUAUUUUUCGUACCUUAUGUGCUGGUGCAACUACCAGUCAAUGCCAUUGCGCAAAAUAUCAGCCCUAGACACUUCUCUUGUGGUGUCACAUUGUGCUGGGGUGUACUGAUGGCGGGCGCGGCCUUCGUCAAAGAAUGGUGGCAUCUCAUGAUUAUUCGAGCCUUACUCGGGGCCUUUGAAUCGAGUCUGUAUGCAUCACUCCUUCCAUUGCUAGCUGCUUGGUAUACCCGAUACGAUGUGCAUAAGCGAUUCUCAAUCAGCUAUUUCAUAAGCUGUCUCAUAGCUGCCCUCGGACCAGUUCUGGCGUGUGGCUUCAUGCAGAUGGGUGGACUGAGUGGACUUGCCGGUUGGAGAUACAUCUUUUUAAUGGAAGGGGUCCUCAAUUUCGUUGCUGCCAUCAUCGGUUGGCUAUUGCUGGUUGAGUAUCCCAAGGGCUCUCACAAAUGCUGGAUGUUUUUGACAGAGGAAGAGGAGGCAUUCAUCAUCCGCCACAUAAAUACUGACCGAGCAGAUGCCGCUGAACACGUCAAAUUUGAUAUUUGUGACUUCUUACGUCCCGCGAAAGACUGGAAAGUCUUUACUUACCCUAUGAUGUUUUUAUUGUCGACUUGUGUUUCUUAUUCCAUUGCAUUUUUCUUACCUAUUAUUCUUGUAUCCAAACUAAAGUUUGGGGUGACCGCGGCACAAGCAUUGUCUACUCCCCCAUAUGUUGUGGCCGGUACCUGGAUGCACUUUACCGCCUGGUCUGGCGACAGAUACCACAUCCGUGGACCUCUCGUUAUAUCGAAUUGUCUUCUGUCUACCGUUGGUCUGGCGCUUCUGGGUUGGGUUGCGUCUCCAGGGGUGCAAUACUUUGGGGCAAUUCUUGUCACCUCUGGUAGCAACGCGAAUGUUCCAACGAACUUGGCCUGGCAGGCCAAUAAUAUCCGCGGGAAAUGGAAACGCUCGUUUUGCAACGCCUUGCUCAUCAUGGGUGGUGGGAUUGGCGGGAUCGUCGGUUCUUUGGUAUUUCGUUCUCAGGAUGCGCCUACGUAUCGGCCUGGAAUUAUCGCGUCUAUUGUAGCAAGUAUUAUCACCAUGGUCAUUUCAGUAGUUUUGAUGCUACGAAUGCAUGCUCUCAAUAGGAAGGCAACCACUGGCGCUAUCGUUCUGGAAGAGCUACCUGGAUUUAAAUACACGCUAUGA